AUGGAAGAUUCGACAGCGUCUCCUAAUGAUAUCAUUCCCAGUAUUUCAACACAAAGUGAAAUCGGAAAAGAAAUAGUUGGUAACACAUAUCAUACUAAAGACCACUGGAUGGCUACAUAUUCAAUAAAUAUCAGUAGAACAUACUUAAAAGAACAUACUUUGAGCUGUUCUUCUUCUCCAAUAUGCAAGACUCAUGGUGAUGUGUUCAAGCAAAUAACAAAAGAAGAAAUAGAUAAAUCAAUAGUUGACUUGGUUGUUAGAAUAGGAAUUUCUUUCAGCAUUCUUGAUAAUCCAUUAUUCCAUAAAAUAACUAGAAAUCUUCAUUAUGUUAUAAAUUCAUAUAAGAAUAUACUAGCCAAGACUUCUGGAUGGAUUUCACUAACAUGUGACAGGUGGCAUUCAACUGUUCAUAAAUGUCAUUACAUCGUCAUUACAGGAUCAUGGAUUAGUGACGAUUGGAAAAUAGUCAACAUAAUUUUAAAUUUUCAAAAAUCAGGCCAAACAGCAGAGGAAAUAUUAUCAGUAAUAAAAGAUACCUUAGAAAAGUAUUCUAUUGAAAAUAAGAUAUUCACACUUACCAUGAAUAACACCACUACAAAUAAAGCAGUAACCUGGUUAUUUCAAAACAAGUUGCCAAAUAAAGAGUUGAUAUCGAUAGCUAAUCCCUUAGCUAGUGGUAGAUUAGAUGUAUUGGAAUCAUAUUGCCAAAUUUCUAGAAUAAAGUUUUUGCAGCCUAUUCUUGAAAUAGAUAUCGUUAGCGAUGAUGAAGAGCUUAUAAACCUCAUAUUCUUCUGCAAACUCCUUAAGCCAUUCGAAAAGGCCAUGUUAGUUCUUUCUAAAGAAGAAUCAAACUCAAUCUCUAAUGCAAUAGUGGUUAUACUAGAAAUUGGUCAGCAUAUCAGAAAAGCUACAAUGAUCCAUCAAAUGAAAAAAAAAUUUGAUAAAUAUUGGAAUAUUAUCAUUGACCAUGUCAUAAUUGCGCAUGUACUUGACCUGAGGUAUAAGUUGGAGCACUUAAAGGCAACCUUAAUUGAAGUUGGUAGAUAUAGUGAAAAUAAAGCAGAGCUGUUUGUUAAUGAUAUUUGGCAAAAAAUUAUUUACUAUAGAAUGAAAUAUACAAGUGCAGAAUCUUUACCUGCUAAGACUAUUGAAGCCAUUGAAAUUAAUGAUGAUUAUCCUACAUCUAAUAAUUUUUUAUUUCUAAGAAGAAGAAUGUCAAACAAACGAAAAUAUGCAAAGUACGCAAACACGAUUGAAUCCGAAUUAGAACAAUACGAAAGCAAGUCUCCUGAAGGUGAACUUCUUGAAGAAUUCAUAACCGAUAAUGAAAGGAAUGGAAUACUAUAUUGGGAAUC